CCCCAGCCCGCUACCCAGAACGCUGCUGAGCUGUAGAGCUGCAAGCCCCUUUGGCGGCUCCUCGCCCGGGUUUGGUGAAUGAAGCUACGAAGGGGGAAGAGGACGCUUCCCUCCUUUUCCGAUUCUGCCUCGGUGUGCCUGUGCGUUUUAGGGAGGCUGCGAAAGGAGGAGGGGGAGAAAACGGCGGCGAUGUCGGAAGCGUAGCCCUCGCCUCGGCUUUUGUUCGGCACUGUCUGCUGAAACAGAUCCACUACCGGCUUGAAUGCAGAUGGAAAGAGUUCCGAAUCCAUUUCAUUAUCAAAAUAAUCAGGAUCCUCCCUUGGAGGCGUACAGUCAGAACUUCAGCGAUUCCAGCAAGGGAUUGCCAGGAUGGCCAUGGGCGUGCAGGAACAAUAUGAACCUGUGGCUGAAAUUGGUAUUGGAGCUUAUGGCACUGUCUUCAAGGCCCGGGACUUGCAGAGUGGCAAAUUUGUGGCUCUCAAGAAUGUACGAGUACAGAACAGUGAGAAUGGACUCCCUCUGUCAACAGUCCGAGAGGUGGCCCUGCUGAAACGUUUGGAGCACCUUGACCACCCCAACAUCGUGCGACUAAUGGAUGUGUGCACAACCACCCGGACUGAACGAGAAACCAAAGUGACUCUGGUUUUUGAGCAUGUAGAUCAGGACCUGAAAGCCUUUUUGGAAAAAACACCGCCUCCUGGCUUACCCGCAGAAGUAAUAAAGGACAUGAUGCGUCAGUUUUUGAGUGGUUUGGAUUUCUUACAUUCGAAUUGCAUUGUUCACCGUGACCUUAAGCCAGAGAAUAUCCUGGUGACCAGCUCUGGGCAAGUCAAGUUGGCUGACUUUGGACUGGCCCGUAUCUACAGCUGCCAGAUGGCCCUGACACCAUUGGUGGUCACCCUCUGGUAUCGUGCUCCCGAAGUGCUGCUCCAGUCAACCUACGCUACUCCUGUGGACUUAUGGAGUGUGGGGUGUAUCUUUGCAGAGAUGUUCCGAAGGAAACCUCUCUUCUGUGGCAAAUCAGAAGCUGACCAACUGGGCAAGAUCUUUGACCUGAUUGGUCUCCCUUCCGAGGAAGAUUGGCCAUUGGACGUGUCUCUACCACGCUGUGCCUUUGCUGCUCGCUCGCCACAGCCUGUGGAGAACUUUGUCCCAGAAAUCGAGGUCCUGGGAGCUCAGCUGCUUUUGGAAAUGCUGACGUUCAACCCACUGAAGCGUAUAUCUGCCUUCCAAGCCUUGCACCAUCAGUACUUUCAGGACAAGAACGCAGGUGAAGGGUAGCACCCCAGCGAAUCCCUAAGCAUGGGGGAAGAGAGACUGUACAAAAGACUUUGUGAAUAUGCGUUUAACGUGAACCCUCCUCACCAAGUGGAUACACUCAGACUAGUCCCCAAACUGUCCUGGCUGUGCUGGGAUUGAAAGGGUGGGAAGGACAAAGCUUUUGACAACAUGCAUGAAAACAAGAGAGGAUCGCCUUGCAGGAAACGCGCCAUUGAAAUCCUUUCCCGCCCUGAAAACGUUAGGACAUUAUAUAGUGGCAUCUCUCUUGUCACCAUGCACGCGCAUUCCGUAUUCCUGGGUUGAUCUCCAGUGGUGUUCUUGGAGGUCUGUUUGUAUUUGGGACAGCCUGGUUUGAGGCAUCUCGGUCAUCUAUGGGUUCUUUGCCAAAGGUCUCUUUUGGAUAGCCCCCUUUUCCCCCCCUCUCUAAUAAAUUUUUUUUAUAACAGUUUACACAUAAUAAUACUGCUGCCUUAUCACAUUCCUGUGGCUAACAGUUUGACACUAAAGCCUUGCCUUAGCACGUUGCAGAGCUCCACAAAAAA